CCAUAACAUUAUCUAAAUCCAUUUCCAUUUCCAUGGAAACAAUGUGAGGGGAGCAAAGCAUGAAUACUCUCUCCCUCCACUUCUACACCCCCCACUCCUUCCUCUCCCUCAAACCAAAACCCCAACCUCGUAUCCAAUGUUGUUCUACCAACAACAACAUAAUCGACGACAUCGACAUGGUAAAAACCAAACAAGGAACCUACGAACAAAAACAGAACAAAGUCUGUGUCCUCUGGGACCUCGACAACAAACCACCACGCGGACCACCCUACAACGCCGCCGUAUCUCUCAAAAACCUCGCCGAACGUUUCGGCGACGUAACCGACAUCUCCGCUUACGCCAACCGCCACGCUUUCAUUCAUCUCCCUCAAUGGGUUCUCAACCAACGCCGUGAACGUAAAAACCUCGACAUCCUCGAACGCAAAGGUAUCAUCAAUCCACCUGAACCGUAUGUAUGUUCUGUCUGUGGUAGAAAAUGUAAAACUAACGUAGAUCUUAAGAAACACUUCAAACAGCUUCAUCAACGUGAGAGACAGAAGAAGCUGAACCGUUUGAAUUCUUUGAAGGGGAAGAAGAGGCAGAAGUAUAAGGAGAGGUUUGUGAGUGGUGAUGACAAGUAUAAUGAUGCUGUUAGGGAGAUUUUGAAACCGAAAGUUGGGUAUGGUUUGGCUUCGGAGUUGAGGAGAGCGGGGGUGUUUGUGAAGACUGUGGAGGAUAAACCACAGGCUGCUGAUUGGGCUUUGAAGAAGCAGAUGAUGCACUCUAUGAGUAGAGGGAUUGAUUGGUUGUUUUUGGUUUCCGAUGAUUCCGAUUUUAGUGAGAUGUUGAGGAAGGCUAGAGAGGCUAAUUUAGGUACUGUUGUUGUUGGGGAUGUUGAUAGGGCUUUAGGGAGGCAUGCUGAUUUGUGGGUGCCGUGGAAUGCUGUUGAGAAUGGUGAGGUUAUGGAUAUGGAUUUGAUUCCUAGGAAUAGAGAUAGAAGAAGAACAAAUUCAACAUCCACAACAAUGGAUGAUUUUGGUGAUGUGUUGUUUUUUCACGAGGGCGAGGAAAUGGAAGACGAUUUUAUGUUGGAGUAUAGUGAUGAUGACGAUUUUGAUGAGGAUUCUGAUGAAGAAGAUGAAGAUGGAUUUUAUAUUUAUUGAUUCUUUUGUAAAUGAAGCUAAGGUUGAUGUGAAAUCGAGGUAUAAGAAUCAAUUACUACUCAACUAGAGGUUGAGUGAUGUUAAAUUGAGCUAUGUAGCACUACUACUUCAGAUUGAAGACAUGUCUGGUGACCGGCACUAAUUCUUUUGUUUUCUUGAAUUAUUAUUGUGUCGGUGCUUCAUAGAAAUUGAGGGAUUGGGUUAUACUGUAAUGUUGUUUCUUAUAUAUGAAGUAUAUUCGACUUUUAAGGUUUUCAUUGUUUUGCAGUUUUAUUCACCAUCCUGGUAAAGCUAGUACUGCUUGAGAUUCAGGAUUGCCACAGUACAUCUCUCCUAUGAAUUAUUUCAUUUUUGUUUAACUUUGCAGUUUGGCACAGCCAUUGAAGUUUCAAACUUCAAGGGAUAUGUAGUCUACAAUGAAGUAUUUAGUAGAGUUAGUCAAUGAAAAUAAUAUUGACUUGAUUGUAUUUUCUGUUCUAUCUAGUUGGAUUUAGUUCUUGUAUUAUAAAUAAUUGGUUCAGGAAAACUUUCAAAUUUGUAGAUUGAAAUAGAAAAAAGAAAUUACAGUUAGUUAAGAAGAAGUGCACUUGAGGUGCUAGGUCAGUGGUAAUUACUUAGUCUUGUAACCUCAAGUUGCAGAGUUCAAAUACCUUGGGUGAUGGUUGUAAAAUGUUCAUUAGUGCCACUUUAAUUAAUAGAAUUUCCCCUUUCCCCAUUUUUAUUAAAGUAGUUUAGAAGAAGCGUUUUCUAAGUGCUCUUAAUAAGUAGAGCAGAAUUGAAAUGGGAUAUUCACAUAAAUAUAACAAGUAUUUUCUAUUGAAUUUUAUGAACAUGAUAAUUAAAUAUGAAAUCUGAGUUUUAUCUAAGGUGUAGCUUCCAGGAUGAGCAGGGUAUGUAGAUUAUAGAAUUAUGAGUUGAUGUUUUGCUAGUUAAAGAUAUAUGAAUACUGAACACGGUACCUGAAAAACAGCCUUUCAGAACUAGGUAUCAGUAUCACUUUCAUCCCCCACAAAGUUGGAUGAACCGUAUUGUCCACAUCACUCAUUGUCAAUUUACUAUAAUAAGCAUGCAUGCUCUUUUUAGGUCUACGAGUAUCUCUGUUUCUGCUCCGAAUCACUGUUUAUGUCUAAUUCUUUUCUGUGUCAUUUGACAUGUUAUGUUUGUUGACAAAUUUUCUAAACGGUUGCGAUCGUGAAUCGUGAUGCAGCAGAUCCAAAUUGUAUGCUAGCGAUAUUUCUUGGACUUUCAAUCAUUUAUUUACCUCGUGUUGACAACAUCAUAGUCUUACUAGAGGAAAAGGAUUGUGCUGUUACUCUCCAUACUACGUGAAUUUGCUCUAUUCCUUGCUAUACUAUCCACUAUGUAUCAUCUAAUGGUUAAUUUUGAUUUAUGUGGGAACUUUGGCAAUGUGAGACUCGAAGGCAACGGUAGAGUUGAAUUUGAUUUAUGUAGUCUACACCAGGACUACUACUUUGUUGGUAAAUAUGGCUCUCAUAGGGAAAACUUUAUUCCUGAUGUAAAAUUUAGAGGAAUUUGUUCAAACGUAAGGUUCGACUAUGGUAGAUUUUAUGGUUUGAAGUCAUUUUACUAUGCCAAAAACUGGAGAAUAUUGUGGGCAUGGAUGAGCAAGUCUUUCACCAAACUAGAUGACAUCCAAAAAGGAUGGGCUGGUGUACAGUGAACAGUGGAAGAAGCCAUGGCGUGAUUGAUAAUCUCAAAACCGAAUGUUUGGAGCAUGAAGCAACCAGAGUUUGGCCUAGAAGGAUUAGGAGAAUCAUAGAGUAUUAUAUUCAAGAGAAAUGUUUAUAAUACAUUUUCUUGACAUUCUUUUUAGUACACUAUUAUUAGGUGAAAUUUGUGGCUUACAAUACUUCAGGAAUAGCCAUGAUCAAUUUUUGGAAACUAUUCCGUCAAAAACAAAAAACUUUUAUUUGUAAAUGACAACAAUAUGGGUGUAGAGACACCCAAAGUUUAUA